CUGGUUGCACAAGAAAUGAGCAACAGUAAUAUGCAUAAUGCCAGUAUGAAGAAUUCCAACUAGUUCAGUUGUCCUGAUCAUCAUGGCAGCCAAAGGGAACGACACCAAGAAACUACACACUAGCGAUCGACAGUUGCAAGUUGCCGAGAAUACCAGGAAACCAAGGAUAAGAUGGACUGCAGGGCUCCAUAAUUGCUUUGUUAAAGCUGUUGAUCGACUCGGUGGACCAUUUGAAGCGACUCCAAAAGAAAUCAUGAUGCAGAUGGACAUUCCUGAGGUUGCCACAAGCCAUAUAAAAAGCCAUCUUCAGAAGUACAGGCUGAGAAUGGGUUGCAAUAUUGGGACGGCAGCUGAUAGCACAGUUGCAAGGAAAGCUGCAACAAACACCAUGAUUGAAGCAGAUGAUAGUACAAGUCCUGCUGGGUGGCACACAAAUGAAGCCAUCCAAAUGAUGCAAGCACAAAGGGCUAAGUUUGAAGGGAAUAGAAAAAUCUGCAAGGAGGAGAAGAAUUUAGACAAUGUGGAACAACAUCAAGUACAAUGUACUGGGGACAAAAACUUCCAUACAAGCACCGGACAUCAAAGAGGAAAAGGGAAAAAGAGAGCAGAAGAUGAGGAUGUUUUCCAUUUGGAAAGACAAAAUGGGCAGGAGAAGCAAAGUGAUCAUCAUCACCAACGUCCAUUAUUCAACUUGAAUGCUCCUGCUUUGGAUGAACAUGAGCCAGGCCGGGAUUGUGAAAUCAGCUUCCAUCAGCCAUUGUGA